CUUCAUGUCCUGAUCACGCAUUAAAAUAUUCUCAUUACCGAUGUAUAGUAAGAAGUUCAAUUGAAAUGAUGGAACUUUACAUUGAGGCUCUUAUACGUAAUAGUAUUUUGAAUGUUAGAGAAGCAUUAAAAUUUUCACGACAAAACAAGUCAGAAGAUGAUGAAAGUAUUAGAGAACGACUUUUAAAAAAAUUAUUAAAUAUAUGUGUUAUUGAGGAUAAGACAGAAACAAGAGAAUAUGAAAAAGAAUUGUUAAGUUUAUUCUUUGAUAAUUAUGAGGAAAAAUUCAUUUUACGAUAUUGGGAAAGUAGUAAAGAAUCAAAAUUAUUAUGGUUUUACAUUAGAAUACUUGCACAAAUUGAAAAUUACAGAGAUUCAUUCAUAUAUUAUCAAGUUUAUAAAUGGUUUAAAAGGAUUUACUUGAAGGAUGAGUUAAUAGCUGAUGAAUUACAAUUUGGUAUGACCAUUGAAUCAAAGAAAAAUGAAGAAGAUUCUGACGAAGAAGAACUUGAAGAUGAUAUUAAAGAAAAAUUGAACCAUUACAAAAAAUUAUUUACAGGUACUCAAUCAUAUAGUGAUCAAAUGGGAAUUAACUUUGAUUCAAGUACAAAUAAAUCCAAAUCACAAGAGGAAAUGAAAAAACGUAAACGACAAGAAAAAGAAAAAUAUUAUGAACAACAAGGAGUGAAAAGAGAUAGGGUCACACCAUUAUUGAGAAAUCGCUCACCUCUUUCAGCAUCAAAUAGUAACAACAUGUAAAAAAAAAAAAGCCAAUAAUAAUAUCAAAUAUAUCAUAUAAAAUGUAUUUAACCUUAUUAUACAU